GAAACGUCCUGUUUCUGCUUCAAGUAGCCUCUGUGUCUUACGCUGUUAUUUCUUUAUUGUUUCAGAAUAUCAAAUGUCAUUGGAUUAACAGAAGAUACAUUCUCAGUGACUAAAGAAAUAUCUUGUACAGAAACAGAUUUAUAACAAUGUUUCUCUAAAUCUGUGGAAGAAUUCCUAUGAAAUAUUUGCUCUCGCCUGAGAUUAUUUGCAAAAUUUUGAAACAUCACUCACUGGAAUAUCAAGAAGAAUAGUUUGUGCAUUGAUUACACUUAGAUAAAUUAACCUAAGUAUUGUUAGAGAAAGGUAACAGUGGAUGAAAUUACAGAUGUGGAAAUAUUUGUAAGAGUAAACUAUAAGAAAAAAACCAAGGAAAAAUAUAUAUACAUUAACAUUUGGGAAGAAUAAUAAUGGAGAAGAAAGAGAAACUUAAAGAACUGAUUUCCCAUGAAGACGUUAUAAAAGGGAGACAAAAUUUGUCAUGUGACUGUGAUGUUUGCCAAAAAUCUUUCUCUCAGAAAAGUAGCCUAAUUAUGCACAAACAUACUGAUAAGGGAGUGAAGACAAACCAAAUUUGUCAUAUGACUGACGUCUGUAAAAAAUCUCAUUCUCAAAAAAGUAAUCUAAUUGUUCAGAAACAAACUCAUAUGGGAGAGAAACAAUAUCACUGCGAUAUCUGUGGUAAUUCAUUCUCUCAAAAUAGUAACUUAACUGUACACAAAUAUAUUCAUACAGGUGUAAAGCCAUAUCGAUGUGAUAUCUGUGGUAAAUCUUUUACUUCCAGUGGUAACCUAACUAGACACAAACGUAUUCAUACAGGAGAGAAGCCAUAUCACUUUGAUAUCUGUGGUAAGUCAUUCUCUCAAAAUAAUAACUUAACAAAACACAAACACACACAUACGGGAGAGAAACAAUGUCACUGUGAUAUCUGUGGUAAAUCUUUCACCUGCAGUGCAGACAUAACUAGACACAAAUGCAUUCAUACAAGUGAGAAGCCAUAUUGCUGUGAUAUCUGUGGCAAAUCAUUCUCUAAAAACAGUCGCCUAACUGAACACAAAUAUAUUCAUACAGGUGAAAAGCCAUAUCGAUGUGAUAUCUGUGGUAAAUAUUUUACUUCCAGUGGUAACCUAACUAGACACAAACGUAUUCAUACAGGAGAGAUGCCAUAUCAUUGUGAUAUCUGUGGUAAAGUGUUCUCUCAAAAUAGUCAUUUAAGUAAACACAAACGUGUUCAUACAGGACAGAUGCCAUAUCACUGUGAUAUCUGUGGUAAAUCUUUUACUUCCAGUGGUAACCUAACUACACACAAACGUGUUCAUACAGGAGAGAUGCCUUAAAUCUUUUACUUCCAGUGGUAACCUAACUACACACAAACGUGUUCAUACAGGAGAGAUGCCUUAUCAUUGUGAUAUCUGUGAUAAAGUGUUCUCUCAAAAUAGUCAUUUAAAUAAACACGAACGUAUUUAUACAUAUCAUUGUGAUAUCUGUAGUAAAUCAUUCUCUCGAAAUAAUGACUUAACUAGACACAAUUAUAUUCAUUCAGAAUAGAAGCUACAUGAGUGUGGUACAUGUGGGAAAUCAUUCACUGUAAGUGAUGCUUUAACUGGACACAAAUGUAUUCAUACAAGAGAAAAAAGAAAAGAGCAGUUUUGAAGAAGUUUUAAUGAAGUCGCGUCUUGCCCCCACGUUCGAAAUGCGGAGUUGAUAAAACAUGGGACAACUGAUGAAGGGAAUAUUCUUUAUGUUGCCUGUCUCGUUUCUCUAUUUGUUUCUUUCGUUGUUCGAAAAACGUUCGUUUUCCAUGCUUUU